AUGGCCCUGCUCUCCGCGUUGCUCCUGAGCGCAGCCCUGGGCGCCUUACUCAGCUUUGCGCUGCUGGCAGUAGCUGUCGCCAGCGACUACUGGUACAUCCUGGAGGUGGCGGACGCUGGUGGCCCUGGCGGAGCGCAGCUCUCCUCGCAUUCCGGGCUCUGGCGCACCUGUGAAGGGCAGAACAGCUGUGUACCCCUGAUUGACCCGUUUGCCAGUGCCGGCCUGGAAGCUUCUCCCUCGAUACAGCACCUGCUCUCCCUGCAUCGCACAGUCAUGGUGGUCUUGCCUCUGAGCCUCGUCCUCAUGGUGUGUGGUUGGGUCUGCGGCUUGCUCAGUUCCCUGUCCCAGAGUGUCCCUCUGCUGCUGGCCACUGGCUGCUACUUCUUGCUAGGGGGCACCCUGACCCUGGCAGGGCUGAGCAUCUACCUCAGGUACUCACAGCUGGCAUUCGUGGAGGCCGCCCGCCUGUAUGGCGUGCAGCACGUGCAGAGCGUGCACAUCAGCUUUGGCUGGUCACUGGCCCUGGCCUGGGGCUCCUGCGCCUCGGAGGCGCUCAGUGGUGCCCUCCUGCUCACAGCCGCCCGACUCCUCAGCCUGAGCCAGCGCCCAGGAAUACCCCACUCUGUGAUCCUCUGA